AAAUCCAAACGCAGAAUCACUCUCACAGUGAAGAAGAAGAAGAAGAAGACUAGAGAGAGAAAUGGAGGCCGAAACCCAAACCCUAACCGAAGCCGAAGCUCUGCAAUCGAGAAACGCAAUUCGCUCGAUCAAAGUCGCUCUUCUUCUCUCUCGGCUCAAACCUUCGUCCGUCGAUCGCCGCCUCACCGACCACCGCGGCGCCGCUACAGAGAAGGAGGAGGCGCUGAGGAGAGAGAUCGGAGAUCUGAAAAUGGAGGUUGUGAGGGAGCGUCUGAGGAACAAGAGGAUCAGGCUAUGUGGAUUGAUGGAGCUCUUUCUUGAGGUCGCGGUGCUCUUCGUUCUCUGCGGUCUCUUGUUCGCGAUCGCAGUCGGAGGAGAUGGAGGUUCGUCGGAAUUACGUUACUGAAGAAUUCAGAUUUUACUCUGUGGUAAUUAGUAGCUGUUGAGAUUUACUAUAGGAAGAGAGAUUGAUUUACUACCGGGAUGUGGUGGUUAAGAGAAUAGGUUGCUUGAUUUGAUUUCUUGUUAAGUACAGUAAGGUGAAGUAUUGCUAUGGAUGUAGUUGUGCUCGAGGUAAAUGUAAAGAUUGGUUUUGAUUAGCUAGCUUGUGAUCAAAAACUGGUUUCGUCAA